GCAGUGGGAGGGUUUUACGAAGAGCCCGGGGUGGGUUUGGAGAGGGGAGAUAGCGCACAAUUCUUUGUCACAAGCAGGUCAGCAAGGGCACGAUUACACCUUGUGGAACGAACAGCUGCUAAAACACACGUCGAGCGAGCGAGCUCUGCCUCACUGCACGAUCACAGCUCUGAUGACAGCACCCUUGCUCUCAGCUGGGCUCAACUGAUAACCGAGCCCAGAGAAAAAAAGAAGGGAAGGGGAACAAAUUGAUUCCUUUUGUCGUGAAGUGAGUCAGGAUAUAAGGGUAGUGGUCUGAGCCACAGCUUGGUCAGUUGGUGUGUUCUGCCGCACAGCAAACGUUUACUGGAUUGAGUUAUAGACAGAAGGAAUUUGGAAGUGAUAAGAAUGGGGAGUGUUACCAGCGAUUCCCCUGGGCAGAGCAGUCGCCGUACAUCUCGGGACAGCAGUCAUAUUGACUAUCGCCUACUCAAGCGAGAUUAUCACCACAGAGUGUUUGUCAACAGGAGUCUGGGGCUGGAGAAGAUCAAAUGUUUCGGGUUUGACAUGGACUACACUCUGGCAGUGUACAAUUCCCCUGAGUAUGAAGAGCUGGGAUUUCAACUGAUGAUAAAGCACUUGGUGUCGGUUGGAUAUCCACAGGAAUUGCUCCUCUACACAUAUGACACCAGUUUCCCAACCAGAGGGCUGGUGGUCGACACUGUGUAUGGAAACCUUCUGAAGGUCGACUCUCAUGGAAACAUCCUGGUCUGCGCACAUGGUUUCCAUUUCCUCAAGGGAGCAGAAAUCAUUGACCAGUAUCCCAACAAAUUCAUCCAGAGAGACGACAUGGAACGAUUUUACAUCCUCAACACUCUCUUCAACCUCGCAGAAACGUAUCUCUACGCCUGUCUUGUUGACUUCUUCACUAAGUGCUCCACAUACACCAGCUGUGACACAGGGUUUAAACACGGCGAUCUCUUCAUGUCCUAUCACAACAUGUUCCAGGACGUGCGAGACGCAAUGGAUUUCGUGCAUGAUUCGGGAACUUUGAAAAAGAAAACACUCGAAAACAUGGAGAAAUACGUGAUGAAGGAUCCUCGCCUGCCCCUGCUGCUCAGUCGAAUGAAUGAGGUUGCAAAGGUUUUCCUCGCGACUAACAGUGAUUACUCCUACACUGACGCUAUCAUGAGUUACCUGUUUGACUUCCCUCACGGGCCAAAGCCUGGAACCGCCCACCGCAGCUGGCGUUCCUAUUUUGACCUGAUUGUGGUCGACACACGAAAGCCUCUAUUCUUUGGUGAAGGGACCGUCCUCAGACAGGUGGAUACGGUGGCUGGGAAGCUGCGCAUUGGCACCUACACAGGCCCCCUGCAGCAUGGCAUUGUCUAUUCUGGAGGUUCUUCGGAUGUGGUGUGUGAUCUAUUGGGGGCGAAAGGCAAAGAUAUCCUGUACAUCGGAGACCAUAUCUUUGGAGAUAUCCUGAAAUCCAAGAAGCGUCAGGGCUGGAGGACGUUCCUGGUGGUGCCUGAGCUGGCCCAAGAGCUGCAGGUCUGGACAGAGAAAAGCGCUCUUUUUGAAGAACUCCGGAACCUUGACAUAUUUCUGGCUGAACUAUACAAACAUCUGGACAGCGGCAGCAAUGAGCGUCCUGAUAUCAGCUCCAUCCGGAGACAAAUAAAGAAAGUGACCCACGAGAUGGACAUGUGCUACGGGAAGAUGGGAAGCCUGUUACGCUGUGGCUCCAGACAGACCUUGUUUGCCAGCCAACUCAUGCGCUACGCUGACCUGUACGCAGCUUCCUGUAUGAAUCUCCUCUAUUACCCGUUCAGCUACCUGUUCCGUGCCCCAUCCGUACUGAUGCCACAUGAAUCGACGGUUGAACACACGCCCAUGGAUAUCAGUGACAUGGAAUCCCUCCUGGCUAAUCACAUCAACCAUACCGCCACCACCAACGGGACCCAUCAGAGUUCACAUCAUGGUUUGGUAACCCGCGUGGACAUGGAGCAGCAGCAGAAGUAGAAGCGAAGGAGCCUCUCCACAGACUGACAUCACUUUUGUUUUUUGGGGGAAACAUCCCCUGGCUUUACAGCUCUGUCUGUCUCUUCACACAGAUUUGGGAGGGUAUGUCCUGAGAAAGGAAGCGUUUCCGCCUCUGAUGGAAACGUCAGCCACAGAAACCGUCCCUGAGUCUGAGAUUGUUACACGACAGUCAGUGGCUGAGCAUUGACCUGCACUGUGCAGUCAGUCCCUCAAUGGAAAUCAGAGUCUCAUAGAAACGGUGAAAGUUAAUAUGAUUUUAAACUAAUUAAUUUCAAUCCAAUAUUUAGCCACUAACAGUAUCUUAAGCUUAUGAUGAUCACCCAAUUCAGUCAGGAUUGCAGUAUUUUAAACAGGUUACUAUGACGUGCAAUGUCCACGACUGAAUUUCUUAGGAUAUAUCUGUUCCUCAUUUACAUAUAUAGGAACAGGAGGAAGCCAUUCAGCCCCUUGAG